CCUAUUCUCCUAAAUAUUAAACUUUAAUCAUUAAAUCCAAAUUUAAAUAUUUUAUAGUUUUAAAAAACUUAUAUUAAAUGCUAUUUUGAUAUAUAUAUAUAUAUAUUGUUGUAGUAGAAAAUUCGGUUGUACCACUAGAAUCACAGUGACAAAACUAUUAACCAUAAAUAAUUAUUAGUACUAAGUUCAUAAUUUACAUGUAACUAUUGGAUUAAUUACUUCGACAUCUAAUUACAAUCAAGAGUCUCUUUCCAAUUUUCUCAUUAUAUAUUAUUCAUAUAUUAUUCUUACUGUUAGCACUUUGCAUUGCAUGGUUGUAUCAAUAUCACUUUUUUCAUCUUUUAAAAUAUCGAAUUAAACACAGAAAGCAUAACAGGGUUAGUGGGCACAUCAUCAAUCAAGGACCUUUUGUAUAUAAAUUACCCCCAUUAUGUAUUCAGAAGGUACUUUUUCGAGACCAGAACGAUUUGUUUAUAGUUUUUAUAACAAUUGUUUGUAGGUUAAGCCUUUUGCAAAAAAAAAAAAAACAUUGUUUGUAGGUUGUCAAUAAAGAAAGAUUUUAAAGAAAAAAACAAAAAGAGAGUUCUUUUAAAAUAAAAAGCCCAAAAAAACUAUCAUUAAGUCACAUGGGACCCGUGAUCUGGCCUUUUCUAAGAAUCUCAACGGUUCCACCUCUUUCACGGCAUCGAACCCGUGACGUCGGGAUUGAAAGUCCAAACUGAACCCACAAGGUUCAAAGGAAGGUCACUCUCUUCGGGCCACGUGCACCGUAAAUAGCCAUGAUGCGUCACGACUUUCACGGGAGGUUCGAUUACUAUUUAUGUCAAUGAAACAUUUCUUAUUUUUUUUCCUGAUUAAAAAUUUGUGUAAAUAUUUUUAUGACUAAGAGGUUCUACACUUGUGAAUGUUUAUAUCUCCCAAAGAGAAACUCAAAUCAUGUCAUUUAAUUAUUUUGAAAAAGAAAACUACAUCUAACGUGAAUCAAAUCUUGUGAAAAAGAAAGAAAAAAAUUUAGUGACCACCGAAAAUUUUACAAGAGCAAUUCAUCGUUAUCAGAUACUCUUUCCAUUUUAUUUUAAUUAUUUUAGAUUUAUGCAUUCAGAUUUAAAAAAUAUUUAGUUCUAUAUAUUUUAUAAACAAAAAUAUUAUUACAUAGAACUAAUUACAUUUUAACCAGUUUUACCAUUUUUAAAAAAAAUUAACCAAUAAAAUAAAUUCGAAAAUGUAAAAAAAAAUAUUUAAUAUAAAAUUAAUAAAUUUGAUUAAAAUUCUAAAACGAUAUUUAUCUGGCAACGAAAAUUACUUUACAAAGGAAUAUGUUAUUAUGGAUAUCAAUGCUUAAUUUCUACUUUUAGAGAAAAGUCAUGUUGGUAUUGAUUUUGGGGGCAACGCAUUGACAAAAUGAGUUAUUAAUACUUAUUAGCUUCAUCAUUAGAUAAUCGGAUUAACUCGGAACGAUCCCUUAAUCUUUUCUCAAUUAUUUUCCUUAAUGCGACAAACUAUAGAAGAAAACGAAAGCCUCUAAGAAAAGUUUUUGACCUAACUACAUACUUUUAUUGACUUUGUUCCAACUAGAAAUUUAGUUUGUUUCCCACUAAUUUGUCAUAAAAUAUAUAGAUUUGAAGCAAACGACAACAUUUUGUCUGCAUAUGCCUAUGAUAAUUUCGAGAAACUUAAUGUUUUUAGUUUUUACUCAACGGAGGUAAGUUUAAAUAACAUUAUCACUGAACCAUUUUAAUAAGUAAAAUAUUAAAAGGAAAAAAAAACAAAUUACAGUCAAACUGUGUGAGCGAUUAUUAUUUCUAAAAUAUAAUAUAAACUUGUGAGCUGUAAUAAAUAGUUGUGCAGGAUUUUGUCCACAGAAUUAAAUAGUAAAUUUAAUUGACGUCCCAUUAUAAUUUGUAAAAUUAAAAAAAAGAAAAAAAGUUAAGGAGAAGUGCACACAAGACAUUUGAGACAAGACCUGUCACGGACAAAAGCUAAUAGCAACUCUCACUGUUCUUGAGAAAACGAAACAACUCUCUCCUUUUCUUCUCAAAAAUCUUCUUCUAUCGUCUUUUCUCCAAUCAAUUUCGAAAUUAAAACAUUGACAAAAUUUGAAACCUCAACUACUCUCUGUUUCGCUUUUUAGACUGUUCCUGUCUCGCCUCGAAAAAGACCUCCACUUCACUUCCACACACUAUAAACCCUCCGAACAAAAGUCUUCGGCAUCAGUAGUUUCCCUGAAGAAGAAAAAGAUCAUUCACUAUCUCAGUGGCGGUUGUGAACUCGAAAGCUCUAAGCUUUAUCUUGAAAAGCUUUGCAAUUUAGGGUUUUUGGUUAGCCAAAUUGCUUAAACAGGAAGAUACGUUUUGCUGUUAUCAAUUCGCUUUCACAAUGUUGCUUCAAUCACAAGUUGUGCAAGCUCUACUCUUUUUGGGACAUGAGCAUGUGACUCUCUGAGUCUUCUUCUCUUCUUCAAGAGCCCUUAACUCUAGAGAAGACUCUUGUCUCUGUUGGUUUAAGUCAUGGUGAUCAUUCUGCUAUCGCUAGUCUUCUUUCUUGGUUCAUCUCUGAGCCAACCAACGCUCACAUGUCACCCCAGCGACUUAUCUGCGCUCCGGGAGUUCGCAGGAGCGUUGAAGAACAGGUCCGUUACUGAACCUUGGCUAAACGAUUCAAGCUGUUGUGAGUGGGGUGGUGUCGUUUGUGAUGAUGUUUCUAGUCGAGUUACAAAGCUGGUUCUGUCUGAAAAGGGGUUAGAAGGUGAAGUUUCAAGUUCUUUAAGCGAGCUGAGUGAGCUUCAGUUACUUGAUCUCUCUCGUAACCACCUCAAAGGUGAAUUGCCGUCAGAGAUCUCCAUGUUGCAGCAGCUUCAAGUUCUUGACCUGAGCCAUAAUAUGCUUACCGGGAAUCUAUCCAAUCUCGGAGUGUUUCCAAGUCUUGUGAUGCUUAAUGUAAGCAACAACUACUUAUCUGGAGAGUUAAGCGAGAAGCUGAGUAACCUCACUGCUCUCAAGUCUUUCUUGAUAUCCGAGAACAGGUUCUCCGGUGAGAUACCAGAUGUGUUUGGUAACCUCACUCACCUUGAGCACCUCGACCUAAGCUCCAACAAGUUUUCUGGACAUUUUCCUUCAAGCUUAUCUCAAUGCUCCAAACUCAAGGUUCUUGACCUUAGGAACAACUCGUUAACCGGCUCUAUAGAUCUCAACUUCACCGAGUUUCAAGAUCUCUCCGUUCUUGAUCUCGCUAGUAACCACUUCUCCGGACCUCUUCCUGAUUCUCUCGGCCAUUGCUCCAAGAUGAAGAUCUUAAGCUUAGCGAAAAACGAGUUCACCGGGAAAAUCCCCAACACGUUCAAGAAUUUGAAGUCUCUUUUGUUCCUCUCCUUAUCCAACAACAGCUUUAUGAACUUGUCAGAAGCAUUGAGAGUCCUGCAGCAUUGCGGAAACCUCUCAACUCUCAUCCUCUCAAAGAACUUUAUCCGAGAGGAAGUGCCUAGAGAUGUCACGGGAUUCAACAACCUCACCAUCUUAGCCCUCGGAAACUGCGGUCUCAGAGGUCACAUUCCGAGGUGGCUGUUGAGCUGCAAGAAGCUCCAGGUUCUUGAUCUAUCCUGGAACCACUUCUACGGCGCCAUCCCUCAGUGGAUCGGUCAGAUGGAGAGUCUCUUCUACAUAGACUUCUCCAACAACACAUUAACCGGAACAAUCCCUGUGGCCUUAAAAAAUCUCAAGAGCUUGAUCCAUCUAAACUGCACUGACUCUCAGAUGAUAGACUCUUCAGGGAUCCCUCUCUACGUGAAGAGAAACAAAAGCUCUCACGGUCUUCCUUACAACCAAGUCUCGAGAUUCCCUCCUUCUCUCUACUUAAACAAUAACAGACUCAACGGGACGAUCUUGACCGAGAUAGGACGGUUGAAAGAGCUUCACAUGCUGGAUCUGAGCAGGAACAACUUCACCGGGGAGAUACCUAACUCCAUCUCACGUCUCGACAACCUGGAGCUUCUUGACUUCUCUUACAAUCAUCUCAACGGCUCCAUUCCUCCCUCCUUUCAAAGCCUCACUUUCUUGUCUAGGUUCAGCGUUGCUUAUAACCGUCUCACGGGAGCUAUUCCUUCCGGUGGUCAGUUCUACAGCUUCCCUCACUCGAGUUUCGAAGGAAACUUGGGACUCUGCCGCGCCAUUGACUCCCCUUGCGAUGUUCUCAUGAGUAAUGUGUUGAAACCCAAAGGUGCUUCUUCUUCGCGUGGUAAUGGAAAGUUCGGUAGAAGUAGCAUUGUUGUACUUACUAUAAGCCUUGCCGUGGGGAUCACGCUUCUUCUCGCUGCUAUUCUCUUAAGACUCUCAAGAAAAGAGGCUGUUGAUAAUGAUAGAGUCAACGACGUUGACGAGGAAGCUCCUAAAGCUCCCACGUCGUCGAAGAUAGUUCUCUUCCAUAGCUGUGGAUGCAAAGACCUGACCGUAGCGGAUCUUCUCAAGUCUACGAACAGUUUCAGCCAAGCAAACAUCAUAGGAUGCGGCGGGUUUGGUCUUGUCUACAAGGCCAAUCUACCCGACGGCUCGAAAGCAGCUGUCAAGAGGCUCUCAGGUGACUGUGGACAGAUGGAACGUGAGUUCCAAGCGGAAGUCGAAGCGCUGUCGCGUGCUGAACACGAGAAUCUGGUCUCUCUUCAAGGCUACUGCAAGCACGGGAGCGAUAGGCUGCUUAUCUACUCGUUUAUGGAGAACGGGAGCUUGGACUAUUGGCUGCACGAGCGUGUCGAUGCAAACGCCUCUCUCAAGUGGGACGUGAGGUUGAAGAUUGCUAGAGGAGCGGCGCGUGGGCUUGCUUACUUGCAUAAAGACUGUGAACCUAACGUUAUCCACAGGGACGUGAAGUCGUCUAAUAUUUUAUUAGACGAGAGCUUCGAAGCUCAUCUUGCUGAUUUCGGGUUAGCGAGGCUGCUUAGGCCUUACGAUACUCACGUGACGACUGAUCUAGUGGGGACGUUGGGGUACAUUCCUCCGGAGUAUAGCCAGUCUUUGAUUGCCACGUGUAGAGGAGAUGUUUACAGUUUCGGUGUGGUGCUUUUGGAGCUUGUUACGGGGAGGAGGCCGGUGGAGGUGUGUAAAGGGAAGAGCUGUAGAGAUUUGGUGUCUAGGGUGUUUCAGAUGAAGGCUGAGAAGCGUGAAGCUGAGCUUAUCGAUGCGACGAUGCGCGAUGAUGUGGAGGAGAAUGAGGUUUUGGAGAUGUUGGAGAUUGCGUGCAGAUGCAUUGAUCGUGACCCUAGAAGGAGACCGUUGAUUGAAGAGGUUGUUGCUUGGCUUGAAGAUGUUACAGUAGAGUCUGUUAAACAACAGUGUUAAAUCCUUUUUAAGGAUCUUUGUUAGUUCUUUAAAUGUAGAUCACUGGUUUUGGUUAGAGAAACUUGGGGUAUACAUGUAAAGCUAUGAACUUUUGUUGAUCCAACUAGAUCUAGACAGUUAUCCAGAA